AUGGUGAGAGGUAUGCUAUCGUGUGAUUGGCAAAGAAUUCAGCAAAAACAUGACCACACAUUAUAUUUUUCUCUUUUUCAGGAUUUAAUUCGCAACAAGGCAAGAAAUGGCAAAAAUUGUGCUUUGUUAGAACAAGCAUACUCCAUUGUGUCAGCGCUGACCAGACGUGCUGAAAAUAGCCUACACGUAUCAUUAAUUGACAACUACCCAGGAACACUAGAAGCUUUAGGGGAGCCUAUUAGACAGGGACACUUCAUUGUCUGGGAAGGAGCGCCUGGUGCAAGGAUCUCAUGGAAGGGACAUAAUCGGCAAGUCUUCCUCUUUAAAAACUAUAUUCUAAUCUGUAAACCGAAGCGGGACAUGAAAGCAGACACUCAGACCUACAUCUUCAAGAAUAUGAUGAAGCUUACCCACAUUGAUGUGAAUGACAUGGUAGAAGGUGACGAUCGGGCAUUUGAAAUUUGGCAUGAGAGAGAGGAUUCUGUCCGUAAAUAUACUCUCCAGGCCAGAACAGUCAUUAUCAAGAACUCCUGGGUGAGGGCCAUCUGUGGAAUACAGCAGCGCUACACUCUGCCUUCAUGGAGUCCUCCAGAAUUUAUAGAAGUUCUUGCAGACUGCAGACCUGAGCUUGGACAAACAGUCAAACUGGCAUGCAGAGCCACUGGAAACCCUAAACCUGUUACCAGCUGGUACAAAGAUGGUAAACCUGUAGAAGUAGAUCCCCACCAUAUUAUAAUUGAAGACCCUGAUGGAUCCUGUACCUUAAUCUUGGAUAACCUCAUAGGUUCUGAUUCUGGACAGUACAUGUGCUUUGCCUCCAGUGCUGCUGGUAACUGCAGUACACUUGGGAAAAUUAUUGUACAAGUGCCUCCACGGUUUGUAAAUAAACUGAAAAAUGUCUACUUCUCAGAAGGAGAGGACUGUCAGUUUACGUGUAUUAUUGAAGGAGCACCUUUCCCAGAAAUAAGGUGGUAUAGAGAUGGCUUCCUUCUGAGAGACUCCUCCAAAUUUCAGAUGUUCAGUGAACCAAGAAGUGGUGUACUAGUUCUCAUAAUCAAGGGUACAAGGAACGAAGACAUUGGACACUAUGAAUGUGAGCUUGUGAAUAGACUUGGCUCAGCGACCAGUGGGGCGGAGCUAUGCCUGCAGUCACAAGCAGUGCUGCCAGAAAGGAGAGGAGACCAAGCCAUCAUGAUUGAAGUCACUGAACAGGAAACAAAAGCGCCUAAGAAAACCGUCAUCAUAGAGGAGACAAUAACAACAGUUGUGAAGAGUCCAAGGGUGAAAAGAAGAGUUAUUUCAAGUAUGUCUCCAUCUCGACCUUCGUCAGGAAUGUCACCAUCUCGUCCAUCUUCAGGGAUGUUGUUUUCUCGGCCUUCCUCAGGCAUGUCUCCUUCACGAGCAAGAUCUAGCAUGUCUCCUUCUCGUUUACAUUCUGGCAUGGCUCCAUCUCGACCAUGGUCUGGAAUGUCACUAUCACGUGCACCGCGGUUGGAGACAUCAACACCAGAACAGUAUUUAGACAUAAAGAUUAAACAGACUGCAGGUAGAUCAGCCCAUGAAAUUAAGAAGCCAGCAAUCCCUGAACUUUUCAUAACAGAGCCAGAAGAAGAAAUGGCAGCUGCACCUAGAAGAGCUGCUGUGGAAGUCAGAAUGGAUGAAAGUAAACCUCAGUGGAUUGAAGUUGAAGAGACCAUAGAAUAUAAGGUGAAAAAAUCCCCAAAACCUCCAAGAAAAAGAGGAACCUCUCCUUCAAAGGUGGAGACAGAUCAAAGAGGGACAACAGUGUUUACUGUACAUGGUCCAAAAGCUAAACGUUCUGCAGAGGAUGACCCAAAUUUCAAUAAUUCCAAUAAUAAGAUAGUUGAGCAGGCAUCUUAUUUGCCAGAAGAUAGCCUCAGAGACUUAACUAGUGAGCCAUUGCUAUAUGGGUCAUCAGAAGAAGGCCUUUUAUUAAGUAAUAACUGUCUUAGUUCUCAGUGUCUUUCUGAGCAAAGUGGGCCCAUGUUAAUUGGUGAACAAAGAGUUAAAGGAAAAGACUGUGAGACAGAAACAUCCAGUUUCAGUGACAAGAGGGGAGCAGCUUCUCCAUGUAGUGUGCAUAUUGGAGAAACAUUGGUGUUCAGCUUUGUGUCUCCUGGUGGCAGUGAUCUUGCCCAACAAACUAACACAAAGCUGGACUCAGAUAGUGCACAUUCACCUUUGGAAGCUGAUGAAGAGGCAGUCAUUGUUGAAGAGCCAAAAGAAACAGAUGAUGAUGAUGAUGAUGAUGAUGAUGAUGAUGAUGAUGAUGAAAACAUUACUGGCAGAGACACCAAAAUAUUGACCCACAAUGGCAAAAUACUAGCAUUUGAAGAUCUUGAAGACUAUGUUCCAGAACGGGGAGAAACCUACAAAUGUGAGAAUCCUCAGGGCAGUUCAGACACCCCUUGUGAAAUAUCAGUCCUUCAGAAGGAGAUCAAUGAGGCAACAGUUGGCAGACCUGUCUUGCUUAAUGUAGGAAGGCCUAUUUCAAAAUCAAAACAAAGCUUCCUUGAUAAAUUUAAGCAUCACUUUUCUGGAGGACUUUUUAUGUCAUCAUCAAGGGCUGGUGGAACACAGUCAAUGGGUGCAUCAAAAGUUCUGUUUAAUUUUGGUGGAAUGCGCUCUAGUGUACCAUUAUCCCCAGUGCAGAAGCCUACUUUUGAGGUGAAGCCUUCAUUCUGCACUGAAGUUCAGCUUUCAGCAGACAGUGGGCAACCAAGCUUUAAAACCGAAGUUUCUACAAGAACACAGAGUUAUGAAACAGUAGGUGAAACAGUUACUAUACAUAUUAGCAAGACAGACCCACCUCAAAAGUUGAAUAGGAGCAAAUGCAGUCAUUUUGAGAAGUAACAGCUGUUGCCCAGACUUCUCUGCAUAUCAGUAGAUUCCUGCUUAGUAUCCGAAUAUGUCCAAAUGAAAAUUCAAUGUAGUAAAUGAUAAAUGGCUUAUCAGUCUUAAAGGGAACAUUUUAUAAACCCUGCUCAAACAGAAAAUAACUUAUAAGUGUGAAAAAUAUCAUUCCAUAAAGUAACAAUUGUAAGCAUCACAUGAUGCCCUGUAGUGACAUGGAAAAAUCUAGAAGCAAGAAAAAUGACAUGUAAAUAUAUUUAAGAAGUGAACCUAACCUGUGAUUCACAAAACACUGAUAGUAACAUAUAAGUUCACGAGUAAGAAUAGUUAUGAUUAUUAACUUGCAAGUGACUGCUCAAAGAACUGACAGUGCACAAAAUGAUAUACAUUGUGUUCAUCGGUGUAAUCUUUGCUGUUUUGAUCCCAAGUGUGUUAUCAUUUGAUACAAUGCAUGGCAAUGACAGGGUUGCUAUUACUAUCUUUAAUAUUGUGGCUGAAGAUGUCAUUUACAGAUGAAGCAAUAAUAAUAAGUUAAAUACAGUUACCCGUAGUUACAAGAUACAGUUUUUUUUAUCUGUAAUCAAACUAGACACACAAUACAAAAUGUUUUGCUUGUGAAUCCUGAAUACAAAAUUGAUAUGUUUUGUUUCAUGUAACCUUGUUUUAAUUGAACUGAUGAAAUGCAUUUUUAGAAAUUUAUAACAGACAAAUAAGAAUAUGUAUGUAGUUAACAACUUUACUUACAUUGAAAGCUGAAGGUGAAAGUGGCAUUCAAAAUUAUGACAAGCAACAAUUAUGCAAGUUAUUUUUCUAGUUUUGUUUGUGGAAAAGGGUUUUCUACAGGCUUUGUAAACAGAUUCACAAUAUGUUAACAGAACAUUGCACAGAAGUUUGUUUUGAACUGAGCAAUGUAAAUAGGCUACUUUCUAGGAAACUGUGAUGUAGCCAAAGCUUAAAACAGUGGAUUCAGUCCUCGUAUGUAUAAGCAUCUGAAGACCUAUGUGCUGUAAGCAAUAUAAAGUCGAAUACUUUUAAUAUUUUGUGAUACACUAUACUACACUUUAAAUAACUACACUAUUAUAAAAUAUAUCAAUCACCACCUUGUUAUAGUAAUGUGGUGUAUCUUUUUACCUAUUUGAUUUCAUCAAAUAUUUUCAGUGACUUACCGUGAAUGUCAAGGUAUUCCUUAAGCCUUCUACCUGCUCAGUAAUGGCAUCCUGUGCAGCACAGUAGGUGCCAUUUAUACAAAGCAGGUGAUUCUUUUUCAAAGGUACUGGGCUUUAACUGUGACAUCCAAUGAAGAAGUAAUAACUUCUUUGCAGGAAGUGAUGUCACAGCCGGCAUCAGGAAUAUUUUUACUUUAAUGUUAGUUUACAAACAGAAAAAUACAGAUUAGACAAGAUAUGUAAUUUAAAAAAGUUAUAUUAAGAAAACUUCAAAGGUCGGUACAAUGGUAUACAAAAAGCAGGUGUUGGUGACACCGGCUUUGUACAUUUUCUUUGAAAUAAACCAGAGAGAAAAAUUACACUGUUGAUGAGAUGAUUGUCUGCCAGACCAAAGCUUUUUGUAGCUUAAUACUGUUAUGAUAAAUUUUAUUGUAGCAGCUAAGGAAGUUAGAAUACUUCCGGACUGUUUCAGUGUCGUUGCAUUUUUUUCCUUUAUUUUCACAUUUUUUCCUUUAGUUGUUAAAUAUGAUAAUUAGAGUUGUAUGUUACUAACACUACAUACUACUGCAUGUAGUAUAUGUUUUUUUUUCAACAGGCAUCAGAAUGCACUGGUGUCCUCUUAUGGAAUUAGCUCAAUAUUGGAUGGUUCUACAUUGUCAUUGAUACAGACAAAUUAUUUUAUUAAUAUGCUUUAAGAAAAGGGAACAUCUGUUUUCUUCCCCUUUUAAUUUAUAGUUCGGUUAUUAUUAUGUUCACAGUUAUUCAGCUAUAUAGUGUAAAUAUAAGCUUUAAAGAAGAAUGUCCAUUCUAAGGCUGGUUAUGGCACUAAUUUUGCAAUCAUUUCCCGUCUGCUGAUCACAGUGUAACUUAUGAGUUCUAUGUUAAAUUAUUUAUUAACGUGUGAGGUUUACUUUAUUUAGAAUGAAAACAAAAUCUGUGAUCAAUUCUGUGACAAAUGCACAAAUUUUGUAAUUCCAGCAUGCCAAAGAGGAUGUAAAGUCUCAGAGCAGAAACUUCAGUUUGACCUAUUAAUAAAAGUCUUGCAACUAC